AUGAGCCAAGAGCAACCCCGUAAGGAAGACCGAGAACCCGUCAAGUAUGGCGAUUUAUUCGUCGUGGAAGGGGAGCUGGCCCACAACGUGGUGGCUCCGGUGGACGCAGCCAUGAUGCAGGCCGCGGAGAAUGCCAUACUGGGAGGUGUUCAGAAGGACGGAGCGGCGGAGGCGAUGCAUUCGGCGGCCAAGAAAAACCAAGAGGCAGGGAUUGUGUCACAUAGCGAUGUUACUGGUGCCAUCGAAGACCACGGCAUUAGCAUCACGCAAACUGAAUUCUCCGGGAGACGCGUCGUAUCUCAGUUAAUCGGCGGACAGGUGGUGGAGCAAUUCAGUCAAAGAAAUCCAGCAACGGAGAGCUUGUCGCCGCCUUCACUUAGCCAAGAGGCAGGGAAUGGUGGAAUCACCAUAGGGGAAGCUCUAGAAGCCACAGCUAUUACCGCCGGAAAUAAGCCAGUGGAAUGGAGCGACGCCGCUGCCAUUCAAGCAGCCGAAGUCAGAGCCACCGGCCGUACCAGCAUUGUCCCUGGCGGUGUUGCUGCCGCUGCACAGUCUGCUGCCACUUUCAAUGCUCGAGCGACAAGGGACGAGGACAAGACCAAACUCGCCGACGUUCUUGCGGAUGCAACUUUGAAGCUGCCGUCAGACAAAGCGGCGACGAGGAGAGACGCAGAAGGGGUGACCGGAGCAGAGAUGAGAAAUGAUCCAAACCUCACAACUCAUCCCGCCGGAGUGGCAGCGUCGGUGGCCGCCGCCGCCAGGCUUAAUCAACAUAAUAAUUAAAUAUGCCAUUUCUUGAAUGAUUGUCCGUAGAUAUAAAUUUGCUUACCUUUCUGCUGAUACGGGCAACAAAACUUUUCUUGUGCUAUCAUAAUCGGGCACCCAAGCGUGUUCCUGAGAAUCUUGACAAGUGAAUUUGAAUAAAAUUUUGUAUUACAAACUCAAUCCUUGAGUCCGAGUUACUUUAUAUCAUCCCUGUAAUCGCUAUAGAGUAGAUGACAAAUCUUC